AUGGCUAGUUCUCUCAACUUCGUCUCCAUUGCUCAUCUCUUUCUGUUUUUCUUCUUCCUCUUUCUGUUGGGACCUCCUAGUUUGGAAUUUAUUAAACACGCCUCAUGCACCGGAAGCCAUAGUACUGUCAAAUGCUUUGAGAAGGAGAGGAAAGCACUUCUUGCCUUCAAAGAAAGUCUAACAGAUCCAUCAGGUCGGCUCUCUUCUUGGGUUGGUGAAAAUUGCUGUACAUGGAUAGGUGUUGGUUGUGACAACAGAACAAGAAAUGUCGUCAAGCUUGACCUAAAAAAUCCAGUUGAUCCGGUCUUUGACACAAAAACAAAUGAAGUUAGUAAAGCUUUCAAGAAAUCAUGCUUGGGGGGUAAGAUAAGCACUUCUUUACUCGAUUUAAAGCUGUUGAGUUACCUAGACCUAAGCCUGAAUAAUUUUAAUGGAAGCAAUAUUCCAACUUUUUUGGGUUCCCUUGAAAAUUUGAGGUAUCUUAAUCUCUCGUUCUCAACUUUUGGUGGAGUUAUUACUCCCCAUCUUGGUAAUCUAUCACGGCUCCAAUGUCUGGACCUUCAUUCACGUUCAUUCUUUGGCACCUUUCCAAGGCUGGAAGUCGAAAGCCUACAUUGGCUUGCUGGUUUUCCUUCCCUUAAGUACCUUAGGAUGAGUGUGGUAAACCUCUAUAACGCAUCAGAUUGGCUACAGGCGGUUAAUGUGCUCCCUUCCUUAACGGAGUUACACUUGCGUGGCUGUGGACUUGUUAGUCUUCCUCAAACCAUUUACUCUAUUAACUUCACAGGGCUUUCUGUCCUUGAUCUCUCUUCCAACAAAUUAGACUCCCCAAUACCUCACUGGUUGUCAAAUCUGAGUGACCUUACAGUACUCAAUCUUGCCUCCAGCUCCCUUCGCGGUGUCUUUUCUGAUGCUGUAAUUUUUAAUCUACAUUCUUUACGUGAGCUUCAUCUUUCAAAUAACAACCAACUUGAAGGUCAGUUACCAUCUAGUCUGGGAAACCUGACCAACUUGCGUAUAUUGGAUUUAUCUGGUAACUAUUUUAUAGGAGAGAAACCGAGCUCAUUUACCAACCUUUGCCAAUUGCAAACGUUUGAUCUAAGCUCCAACAACGUAAGUGGGGAGAUAGUUGGGCUUGUGGAUGGUUUGUCUCAAUGUUCUACAUCCAGCCUAGAAUCACUAUUUUUGAGUGACAAUAAAUUGCUUGGGGGUAUCCUGCCACACUCAUUGGGAGGGCUCGAGAAAUUGAAGACUAUUGAGCUCGAGUCCUGUUCCUUUUGGGGCUCAAUUCCAUCUUCUGUUGGUAAAUUGUCAUCCUUGGAGGAACUUUUCCUUUCCGAGAAUCAAAUGAAUGGAAGCAUUUCAGAAACAAUUGGGAAUCUAUCAAUGCUGGUUUCCUUGGAUUUGCGUUCCAAUUUUUGGGAAGGUGCCUUAACUGAAGCUCAUUUUCAGAAUCUCUCUCGAUUAGAAAGAAUGUUAUUGUCUGUUUCAGAAUCCAGCAAAUGGGCAUUGGUCAUAAAAGUAAAUCAUGAUUGGCUUCCUCCUUUUAAGCUUAAGCUACUCGGAUUAGAAAAUGUGAUGAUUGGACCACAGUUUCCAGCAUGGCUUCAAAAUCAAACGGAGGUUGUGAGUCUUUCUCUUCAGAAUGUUGGAAUUUUCGACAGAAUUCCGCACGGAUUUUGGAAUUCCUGCUCAAAUAUUAUUGGUUUAUCCUUUGCCAAUAAUGGACUACGCGGACAGAUCCCUGAAAACAUAGGUGAACUGUUGCCCGAGUUGUUAUUCUUGGACUUCUCUUCAAAUUCUCUGACUGGUGGAAUUCCCUCUUCUAUUGGAAUGUUAAAAGAAUUGGAAGUUCUUUUUUUAAGAAACAAUUAUUUUUCUGGGGAACUCCCGCCUCAUUGGAAGAAUUUGUCAUCGUUAUCUGUAUUGGACAUUUCAAACAAUAGCAUAUCCGGUCUUCAGAUUUUAGACCUUGCAGACAAUUAUCUGUCAGGCGGAAUCCCUCCAUGUCUGGGGAACUUGAGUACUAAAACUAGCAAUGAUCAGGAUGAAGAUGAGGAAAUGUUAGUGGUUAUGAAAGACCUUUCAAACAAUAAUCUAUCAGGAGAAAUACCCGACAGUAUUACAAGCCUAUCAAAGUUUAUCAACUUGAAUUUGUCUGUGAACCAUUUGAAUGGAAGAAUUCCUGAAAAUAUUGGGAAUAUGCAAGAUUUAGAAUCGCUUGAUCUCUCAAGAAAUGAGCUUUCUGGUCCAAUCCCUGAAAGUUUGUCUGCAUUAUACUUUUUAAGUCACUUGAAUUUUUCAUUCAACAACUUGUCGGGACAAGUGCCAUAUGGAAAACAACUUCAAACAAUUUAUGACCCAUCUAUUUAUGAAGGUAACUAUCUACUUUGUGGCCCUCCUCUUCCGAACAAGUGUCCAGGCUCUGAAACUGAACCUAGAGGAUCACCAGGUGAGGGAAAUGGAGAAGAUGAUAGGGACGGAAAGGGAGUACUUGAUUCACCAAUAUCAUUCUACAUUAGUUUGGUAAUUGGAUUUAUUGUUGGAUUUUGGGGAGUUUGUGGGACUCUGAUUGUUAAAACUUCAUGGAGGCUAGCUUACUUUAGAAGCUUUGAUCAUAAGAAAGACAAGAUUUAUAUUUUCAUUAUGCUCAAAUUGGUUCCCUUUCUAAGGAGGAUCAACUUGGAGAGAAGAUGA